GAUGCUGAUGGACUCCUCCUGCUACUGGUCAUGGUAACGGACUGUCGUGGAUAGCAUGGUGCUGUGAUCGCAGAAGAAGCAGCCAUUAAACAGACCAAAGGGGUUUCCUGCGUCUUGAAAACCAAAGCUACCAGGGCUUUGAGUCAUGAUGCAAGAAUCUGGGACUGAGACGAAAAGUAACGAUUCAGCUGUGCAGAAUGGUGGGAGCGCUGGCAACCACUUACUAGAGUGCACGUUACGGGAGACGCGAUCGAACGGGGAGACCCCGUCUCUGGAUAUAGGCGCUGCAGACCUCGCGCAUCUCCAGCAACACCAGGCUCUUCAUGUUGCACGGCAGCUAUUAAUACACCAGCAACAACUUAGUGGAGCAAAGGCCCACAAGAGGAAUGACAAGCAACCGUCCCUCCAGGUUCCUGUCUCAGUGGCUAUGAUGACACCCCAAGUAAUCACUCCUCAGCAAAUGCAACAAAUUCUGCAACAGCAAGUGCUCACACCCCAACAACUACAGGUCUUACUUCAGCAACAACAAGCCCUCAUGCUUCAGCAGCAGCUUCAGGAGUUUUAUAAGAAACAACAGGAGCAGUUGCAGCUUCAGUUAAUACAGCAACAACAUGCAGGAAAACAGCCGAAAGAGCAGCAACAGCAAGUGGCGACACAGCAGUUGGCAUUUCAACAACAGCUUCUACAAAUGCAACAGCUGCAGCAGCAGCACCUCCUGACCUUGCAGCGCCAAGGCCUCCUUUCCAUCCAGCCCGGGCAGCCCGCCCUCCCUCUGCAAUCUCUUGCUCAAGGCAUGAUUCCAACAGAGCUCCAGCAGCUAUGGAAAGAAGUGACAGGCUCGCACACAGCGGACGAUGUCGGCUGUAACAACCACAGCACUUUGGACCUGUCCACGACGUGCGUCUCCUCUGUGGCGGCGCCGAAGACCUCCCUGCUCCUCAACCAUCAUGCGUCUACAAACGGGCAGGCUUCAGUUCUCACUCCGAAAAGAGAGAGUAAGGAAUGGUGGGACAGUGGGACUGCCUCCCAGCGCUGGGGCGAUGGGUACAAUUCCGACCGGUGUUCGCGUGGAUUUCCUCAGAGUGCUCCGGUUUCCGCCCACGGUUUAAAGACUUACUGUGUUUCCCAUGAAGACUAUAUGCAGAAUCACCCCUUAUAUGGGCACGGGGUUUGCAAGUGGCCGGGCUGUGAAGCUGUUUGUGAAGAUUUCCCAUUAUUUUUAAAACAUCUCAACAGCGAGCAUGCAUUGGAUGACAGGAGUACAGCUCAAUGUCGAGUUCAGAUGCAAGUUGUACAGCAAUUAGAGUUACAGCUUUCCAAAGACAAAGAACGCCUGCAAGCCAUGAUGACGCAUUUACACGUGAAGUCAACAGAACCCAAAGCAAGCCCCCAACCUCUCAACCUGGUAUCCAGUGCCACCCUUUCAAAGACUGCGUCUGAACCAUCCCCGCAAAGCUUACCUCAUACUCCCACCACCCCAACCACACCACUCACUCCUCUCACCCAGGGACCUUCAGUUAUCACUACCACCAGCAUCCACAAUGUGGGACCCAUACGGAGGCGGUACUCUGACAAAUACAAUGUCCCCAUUUCUUCUGACAUUGCACAGAACCAAGAGUUUUACAAAAAUGCAGAAGUCAGACCACCCUUUACAUACGCAUCCUUAAUUAGGCAGGCAAUUCUAGAAUCUCCUGAGAAGCAGCUAACACUAAAUGAAAUCUACAACUGGUUCACGCGAAUGUUUGCCUACUUUAGGCGCAAUGCCGCAACGUGGAAGAAUGCAGUGCGCCAUAAUCUUAGUCUACACAAGUGUUUUGUGCGAGUAGAAAACGUAAAAGGGGCAGUAUGGACAGUGGAUGAAAUAGAAUUCCAAAAAAGGAGGCCACAAAAGAUCAGUGGUAGUCCUUCUCUUAUUAAAAACAUUCAGACGAGUCACGCCUACUGCACGCCUCUUAACGCUGCUUUGCAGACUUCAAUGGCUGAGAACAGUAUACCUCUAUACACUACCGCUUCCAUGGGAAACCCAGCUCUGACCAGCUUGGCCAGUGCCAUGAGAGAAGAACUGAACGGCAUUAUGGAGCAUGGCAACAGUAACGGCAGCGACAGUAGCCCGGGGUGCUCCCCUAUGCAAGCAAUGCAUCAUGUACAUGUUAAAGAAGAACCACUGGAUCCUGAUGAGAAUGAAGGUCCGCUCUCGCUAGUAACAACAGCUAACCACAGUCCCGAUUUUGACCCCGACAGAGAUUAUGAAGACGAACCUGUAAAUGAGGACAUGGAGUAGCAUCGCGUGUAAUUUCACAAUCCUGAUAAUGAAGACAGUUCACGGCUUGAGGUAUCUCUCCGUUAUUGUACAGUCUGGAGAGGUCCCGGCCCGUUCUGACACCUAUGACAUGUGUUAACUCUUAUUAGUGCCAUCAAGUUUCCCAUUUGGGAGUAUUUUUGAUUUUUCUACUUUUUUUGUUGAAGAAAAAAGGAAUUUGUACUCUGUGCAUUGGAUCGACUUGUUUGGUACUUGCGACUUCCUCUCUCACAGUCAACAUCAGUGUUGUAAAUUUGCUAAAACCGAUUUCACUUCUUCGUACGCAGCAGACUUUAGGACUGUCGUUCUGCCAAACGGAAGCCGAGGACAUCGAUAUAAGCAUGUGCGUCUAAACUGCAGGUCAUCCCUUUUGCCCAGAUUUUAAAGGAUUCCAAUGGACAACGUAUUUGCACAGUACUGCAUGUAAUUCUGAUUAUCACUGCCUUUAAAUCAAUUCUUUUGCUUCCAUAUGGGAUGGGGGUGACCUUUUUAUAUGUGUAUGGGACAGAGGGAGAGGCGUAAUAAUUAUCCCAAACUUCUUAAUGUAUUGCUUUUAUUUUUUAAUGUACUACACCAAUUUAAGUUCUGACCUCAGGCCUCUGCUUUCAGGCCCAAGGCCUCUUGGAGGCAUAAUGUUUUCUGUACUUUGUGAUGAAUGUUAAUAGGUGUUUUUAUUAUAUAAUUUUAUUAUAUAAUGCCGAAUGUCUUUCAACUGUUCAACAUUUUCUGUCGUGCAUUGCAGUUUUCUUACUUUGCAGUCAUGUUUCUUUCAGGCACUCGACUAAACAAACAAAAAUAAUCAUUCCAUUAGAAUACGCUUUUACAAACGGUCCCUCAAAAACUGGCCUUGACAGUGAAUGGAAUGUUCUGUCAUAUACUGCAAGAACCACGGUCAUAGGAAAAGCCAUGAAGUGGCAAAGGUUAAUACCUAUAGAGCAGUAUUCAUUAGCUUUGUCACUGAUGAUAAACCCAAACAGUCUAAAUGUACCAGCUUCAGCACAAGAGAUUUUGUGGCUCCCUGUCCAUUGACGUGCACCAGAGUCUUUUGAGACUUUGUAUGUUUUAUAGAACCAGAAGCUGAUUUUCCGCUUGCAAAACAAAACAAAAGUUUUUGAAAAACUUAGAUUGGUAGACAGUGCUAUGGGCGCAGUUUUUCCUCAACUGUUUGGAUAUGCCUCGUCUCCCCAGUGUGAGGCAUUGGCAAGACACUCAGCAAUUUGUGGGUGAGGAACAUUGUCCUUAUGUACAAAAUGGUCUUAGAUCUACAUAUGUAUACAUAAAUAUAUAUGAAAAAAAUAUAUGUAACAUUGAAUAGGAGGUAAGAUGUUGGUUUGACGUAGCUUGCAAUGGGCACCUGUAAGGAAGAUGCAUCAUUGAAGUCUUUCUUUUUUUUACAACCAUACCUAUUUUUUUUUUCAUUAUUAAUUGCUGUAGUAAAUUAUACAAAUCACCAAAAGGGAUUCAUUAACAACAUUGCAAUUUUCAAAAAUGUCCUGUCUUAAACAUUGGGCACCUAACAACACACUUCUGGCUUCGCAAUCCGUGGCCCUGAAGAUGGAACUUAUCACAAAGAAGAUGUUUGUAGGAUGGCCAGGACAGGACAUAGUGCAAGAUAACAAACAAAAAGUUAGAUCUGUGAAGGGUAGAACAGCUCUUUUACUGCACAAACAGGCAGGAUUUUUAGUCUUCUUAACCCAGGAGUGGUAAAGGUGGAGACCAAUAGGGAGAUCUUUGUGGACCCAACUACAAACAGGUCUUGCUCUCACACACGUAUGUGAAUUUUAAAUUGUUUGCUGUAAGAUCAAAAGGCAAACAUAAACAGUGUUUUUGGUUAUCUUUAUGAGGCACGUGGGUCAUAGGGUUCCAACAUAAUGCUUUCAUGCAUCCAAGUUUUUGACCAAAUCAGACCGCAGGGAAUUCCAGGCAAGUGAAUGCAUUUUGUUGUAGGCAACAGUGACUUGUGCAUGUCUGGCACCACUUGUGCAUAUUGUAAAUGAUUUUCAAAGUCUUUGAAAAGGGUGGGUGAUGGUGAGACCACAUCAGAAAUCUAGAACAAUAUCUUAGCAAGGACAUUAAAGGUGCAGUCCCAUUUCCUAAGUAACUUUUUGCCAUUUUUUAAUGUUAAUAUAAUAAACGUUAUGGCAGCUCAAAUCAAAGCCAAUAUCAACACGUCAAUAUUUUAUUUUUGCAACUUUUUUUGGGGGGGGGGGGCUUUAAUUUGUUUAUUCAACAUUGAUAACUUUGCACCAUUUAUUACCUCAGGUAGGGUUUCAUAUAUUAUCAGCAGAGAUGUUUAAAUUUGUAAAGUCAUUGUGCAUUAUGUUUAAAAAAAAUAAAAUAACAAAUUAGGCCUGAAUUUCCAUUCCAAACCAUUUAGCCAGAAUUCAAAUUGUUUAUGAAAGAGAUGACUUGCACUGUGAGUUUCUAUGGGACUGCACUUUUAAAUAAUACUUAUGCUCUGAUUUAUUUUUUUUCCCAAUUGUUGAACAGCCCUGUUGUAACAAUCCUUAUUUCUUAACCACUGUAUUCUUUAGGUAGCAAAAUGGGUUAUUGUUUGUUUAUUUGUCUUUUCCAUUUUUUUUUAUUUUUUUUUCAAGAAUUCAAUCUCUUUGAUGCUGGUAGGACUGACCAUCCUUUGAGUGACAAGACUCAAUGGCUUAUUUAAUAACAUAUGCAGAGAGCAGUAAUGUAACCGAUAACAACAAAUCAGAUUUCAGCUUACAGCUGGAUACUUCGUCAGAGAGAUGAAAAUUACUGGUUGUUGCCAUGGGUUAGACUUAUUUCGGCAUGGCAGAAGAACCUCUUUAAAGUUUCUCUUUAGUUUUUGUCUGCCCUAAAACUACCAAAGAUUUUACACAAUGGUAAAUGAUGUUCUGUGUUAUAUGCUUUACCUGUAUCAUAUAAAGCCAAAUCUCCUCUUGUUGUUGAUCAAAGAAAAGAAGUGACUCUAGAGUGGAAGAUAUUGAUCAUGCUAAUUUAAUAGGAAUCUGCUCCUUUUCAUUUGUGUAUAUCUAGUUCACCUAUUUCCAAACCAAAGUUAAUUCUUUUCCUCUUUUAUUUUAUUUAUUUUUCCAGUGUGACCAAACCAUGUCAUACUUGUGUAAAUGUCUGGAACAGUAUUAGCAGCGUGUCUAAAUUUUUAUCUCCCCCCCCCCCUUUCCCCCCCCACCCCCCCACACACACACACGCAUUUUCCAUUUAUUAAGUGAAUAAUGUUUAUGUGAGCACUUGUGUGCUAAUAAACAACACAAGUACAUUAUCUAAUUAAAAUCAUUAAUUAUGUUUUCAUGGCCACAAAUACUGCACAUGAUCAGCUCAAUUGACAAAGUAACAGGGUUGUUUUUCUCCCCCAAAGAAUAUAUAGGUAGUAAAUAACACACCAGCUUAGACUGCUGUAACCCGUAGAAACCAAGUAGAAAAUAGCUUUGAUCACUCUGGGCACUUUUAUGCAGUUUCCACCACCAACGUAUAAAAAAUGAAAAAUAUACACCCUAUAGUGUUCCUUCUAAAACUGCAUAUUUUUAUUGGUGGGUUUUUCUUUUUAAUUUUUUUAUGUAUAUAUAAGCUAUUUAAAAGUUUAAAGCAGGCAAACCCAAAGCACUUUUGUGAAUAAUAUAAUACCAAAUUUGAAUUUGAUACAAUAUCCAAUUGUCAUCAGUUACGUCAACAUUACAAGGCAGAGCAGACACAAACAAAUUUACUAAACAGAUUGUGCUGGUGAUUUAUCAAAACCUCUAAAUACAAAAUAAAAGUAUAUCUUCUCCUUUGUUGCUUUCAUUUUGACGUUGUUUAAGGUGUUCUGGAAAAUUCAAUACUACAGCAAGUUGUCUUUGUUCAGCCACCCCACCCCCCCUAACUCGGAGUAAUAAUAUUACUUAAACCUUCCAGCUACUCUUUAGUUCUUAUUGUAAUCUGUGUAUAAGGGCACUCAUCACUGGCCAUGUGGGUUUUUUUUUGUGUGUGUUUUUUCCUUUCUGUAAAAACGGGUGGCUUGGAUUUAGAGAGAGACGAGCUGAGAUUGUGCACAAAGCACCCAGUGCUUUCAGAGUGAGUGGUUCACAGGCUUUAGUUUCUAACUCAGAAUGAGGAUAUGGAGCUGGUUGACUUGUUCAUUCUUGGCAUGAAUUGUUGGGCGUUGAAAAACUAAACAGCAUGAGUAACACUUAGCAUACCUCAACACAGCCCUUUAUGGAAUGCCUCUAACACAGAUACAUUUCACUAAGUUGCACUUAACUAUAUUGCAUGCUCAGUUUACAGCAAAUUUAAAGAAGAAUAUUAAGCAUUCACUUUUACAUAUCAUGCAAGUGUCAAACUUGUGUAAAGACCAACUUAAAAAAAAAACUCAGGCUUUAUCAUCCAGCAAAUUUCACAAUGUAUUUUAUUUUUAUUUUUUGCAAAUUUUCAUUGCCAUUACGUUUCCCAUUGUGUACAUAUAUUGUCAAUGUGACCAUUUGUAUUUAAAUGAGGGAGGGAAGGAUGGGCAAGGUUGGUUAUAUUAUUUGUUUUUCUUUUAUUUCCUUUAUAAAAAUAUUCCUUGCAAGGAAUAAAUGCGUAUUUGUUUGUCAAACCACCAUUGCUUUGUUGUGCAACUGCUUUAUAAUAACUAUAUAAAAAAAAUAGCUUUGAAAAAAAACAAAAAACUACUGUAUGUAACUAUUGCAGAUACAUGCUGCAUAUGUAUAAUAUUUAGUUAUCCCGGCUUAAAAAUUAUGGAUGACAUUUGCUGACAAGGUGGGAGAAAUUCCCUGACUAUUUUGCUUUCAAAUUGUAACAUAGUUGACAGAUAUUUUUUUUUUUUCUAUCAUUGAUCAAUGAUUUUUUGUACAGUUCUUGUGUUUUGUUUCAUUUUUUUUUUCUGCUGGUUUUUUUGUUGUUUUUUUUUUUUAUACUUUUCGAACAUUUUAUGUUAUUCUACCACUGCCUUUUCUGGCUGUCAUAAAUAAAUAAAUAAAAAAAGGUUCAUACAUUUUAAAAACUUAUAAAAAAAAGUUGUUUUAAAGUGUUUUCUCCUGCAGUAAAUAUUUUGCAUGACGAAUCCUGGGCUCACACUUUCAAAGUUUAUCAGUGAAGUCUUGAAUAAUUAAUGGGGAGUGUCAAAAUAUUAAACUUUUGUAUAAAAAAAAAUUACUUUACAAGGUGCCAAGAUGUAAAGACAAUUUGUUACAUUCUCUUUUUUUUCUCAAAGAAAAGCGUACAUUAGCAGAAUAGUACCAUGUAUCAGGUAAACUGCUGUCAGGAAUGAGUUGAAUAAGCCUUCUCUAAUUUUUCCAUGCAUUGUAAACAUAUAUUUUGUUUUGUUUUUAAAUGUUGGAUAUCUGCAUCUUGCUAGCGGUGAGAAGACAAAUCAAGGCUUAGGUUGAUCAUGAUAUUGAAAAUAAUUGUUAAUUUAUUUACUUGCAAAUCCAGUAAAGGGUUGUCAUUUUAGAAUUACAAAUAAAAAUUCGAUCGUUCAACUAUAAAAAAUAUAUAUAUAUAUAUUCUUCACUGGCAAAGAUAUCCCUUUUAAUACAUGAUUGAUUAUGACUGAUUGACCAAGGAGGAAAUAUGUGCUUGUACAGUGUGACAGCCUGCCAUUAAUUUUUUUUUUCGUUAAUAUAAUUGCGUUUUUUGUUAUAUUCUGUCACGUGUUUUCAUUUGCUUUUAUUAUGAAGCCACUUUAAGCACCCGCUUUGAUGCUUGCAAAACCAGAUUUUCCAGGGUUUGCAAUAUUGCCUCGGCCUAAGUAAACAAUCUUAUGACAACCCGUAAGCCUUGAUGACAAUGGUACCGUCUGGACUGUGAGCAUGGUGCUUUAUGUGUGUAUGCUGCCAGUAAAAAGAUUUUUUGUUUUGAAAAGGCAUAAAAGAGACUCAUUCCUUACAUCAACUGUAAUUUCAUCAUUCCAUGUCUGUUGAUACAGACAAUAAAAAAAUGUUGUGUAGUCAGUACUGAUUACUGACAGUAUAGCAUUCUCAAAUGCAAUAAAAUGCUGGUUGUUCACACUG